GAUGGAUGAAAGUCUCUUCUCUCAAAUCACCACAUCAAACAACUGGAACCGCGAAAAAGAUAGAAGAUCAACGUAUGACUAACGGUUUUUGCAUCAACAAAUAUAAUUGAAAAUGGAUCGCAGUAGACGUUAUCAGGACAGAGAAGUACAGUGUCGCGUCACCGACAGUCCCAGUGCGAUGGCGGCACUUCAUCAGAAACAACAUCACAGGGAAGAAGGCGAUAAAACACCACCAGCAAAACAUUACUUAUCAUUGAAGUGGGCACCUCCAAAACUGACUGUAGAUGCUCCUGGAUGGGAUGGUGAUAUCCCGUCAGAUGACUUAGAUCAGGAUGAUGUACCAGGUCAGCCAUUGCUUCCUUGUGCUACUCCUGACAUUAGUUUGUUUCAUACUCCCGCUGGAUAUGAGAAUACAACACAUGGAAGACCCUCUAUUGUACCGCCUCCUGAUGACCACGACGGCAUCCACCAAGAACAGGAUCACGAAUUUGUAGAGGUUACUGGAGUCAGUGAGACUGAAGCCAGAGAUUUAUUGUUGAACUAUGUAUCCCAGCAGUGUUGCUAUGGUAAAGCAGCAGCGAAAAAUAUGCACAUCAUGACAAUACAGGAAAGUCAUUCACUUUAUUACAAAUUAGAAACAUUUGCAGAAGGCAGGACGACAUCAUGGACAUACGAGAUAUAUUUAGGUCAGAAGGUUGAAGGACCACUUAGUGGCAAAAGUCCCCUGCCCUGGGAGGUGUCUGUGAAACCAGACAACAUGUUCGAAAACCAAGUCAAGAGGGUGGAGGUCCCAUACACGGCAUGUGUGAAAUCUUGCUAUGUAUGUAAUGCUACUGGUUACAAUCGAUGCUAUAAAUGUCUGGGAAGAGGCCGGAUAAGAUGUAAAUUCUGUGGCGGUAGUGUUCAUGUACAACAUAAGGAUAUCUUUACCAGACAGUUCUGUUCCGGAUGUUCUGGUACCGGACGAAUAAGGUGUCGGACUUGUCAUGGUGAUGGCCGUAUCCCUUGUCAAAUAUGUGACGGUUACAGGCAACUCAAGUGGUUCAUUGAACUUUGCGUACAAUUUACCAAUCACACCGGGGAACAUUUUGUGGAUAGUACAAGUAUACCCCAUGAUUUGAUGAGACAGGCCAAAGGUCAAAUUGCUUUACAGAAUGGUGGCAAGAGGGUAAAACCAAUAGAUUCAUAUCCAAACACAGAGAUUUGUGAAGGUUCCAAGAAACUGUACAACAUACAAGUGAAUGAGACGGUGAAUGAAAAAAUCCUACAACAGAAACACACCUUACAUGUUGUACCAGUUGCCGAGAUUCUCUACGCAUGGAAUGGAAAAAUUUACAAAUUCUUUGUCUACGGACACGAUCACAAGAUAUUUGUUCCAGAAUAUCCCGUCAAAUGCUGCUGGGGCUGCAUGAUCCUAUAG